GUCAUCCGUCAAGACGUCGUCCUACGGGGGCCACUUCUCGAGGGACUUCUUGUUCCACACUGCCGCUGGGAGACCGCUGUCCAUGCCUCGACCGGUGUCCGCCCAGACUCGGAACGAGAACGUCAUGAAGCUCACGGCUGCGAGGCAAUUGCACAACACAUCAGACGCCGUCGAGAAGCUACGACUUCUCUGCCUUCAGCGGGGCUCGGCCGGCAUUCUGGGCCUGGGAAAAGUAUUCCGUCGGAUGGACGACAACGGCAGUGGCGACUUGUCUCGUGACGAGUUCAUCAAAGGACUGGACGAUUCCGGCAUGGCGCCAUUCCUCGAAGCCGAGGACUACGACAAGCUGUUCGAGAUGUUCGACGCGGACAACUCUGGGACGAUAAAGUUCGACGAAUUCAUCCGCACUAUCAGACCCAAGAUGAGUCCCAGCCGAGAGGCACUGGUGGCCAAGGCAUUCCAAAAGCUCGACCGUUCGGGCGAUGGUCAGGUGACCUUCGAGGACCUGAAGAGCGUGUACAACGUGCGCAACCACCCCGACUACCUGAAUGGACAGAAGACGGAGCGAGAACUGUUGAACAAGUUCCUGGCCACUUUUGAAGAAGGAGGCGUCGUCGACGGCGUUGUGACCAAGGAGGAAUUCUUCGACUACUAUUCGGGCGUGAGUGCUUCCAUCGACGAAGACGCCUAUUUCGACCUGAUGAUGAGAACCUGUUGGAAGCUAUAGCCUCGAUCGACUGGGAUACACACACAGACCCCCCGCACGCCCGUGUGCAUUUCCUUUCCCUGUCCAUUUCACCCCGAGUAUGUUUUUUUCACGUCACCGAAUGCUUCCCACGAGAUGACUACAUUUGUCUGGGCACAUAAUAUAAAAAAAAAAAAAACGUUUGGAUGUGUGUCGCAAGGGCCAAAGGAUUAAGGAGGAUUAAAA